UCUGAAUAUAGGAAAAUUAUGAAAAAAAUAUUUGCAAUACAACAGUGUGUUGUAGGCCUUAGGCUGUUAUGUAAUUACAGAUAGCUACAACAUCAUUAUAUUCAUUAUUCAUUAAUAUACUUAAGUGAUCUAUGCAUCAUGGUAGGCUUAUCUACUUGAGUGGAUGUUUACACUACUUAUCUAAAAUUAAUUUAAGAUACAUAUUAUACAAUCAGUUAAAUUAGUACAAAGAAGUGAUACUUGUGAUACUGUCAUACUACCAAAGUGUAUAUAAAGAUACUUUUAUUUUCUAAAUAAAGUAUGUUUCGAACUGUGAGCCACGUUUUAUUUGAUAUGGAUGGACUUAUAUUAAACACAGAAGAAUUAUACACGAUAGGGUUUGAAAAAGUAGCGUCUCGGUAUGGAAAAAAGUUCACCUUUGAGCUGAAGUGCCAGAUAAUGGGCCAACAGAGCAGGGAAUUUGCAGCAUCCAUUAUUCAGGGGCUCGACUUACCACUAACGGUAGAAGAGUUCUUGGACGAGACACGGGCUAUCUUUAGUGAACUGUUUCCUGUCUGUAAGAUAAUGCCUGGAGUAGAAAAACUCAUUCGUCAUUUACACAAAAAUAAAAUUCCCCUUGGAUUGGCUACAAGUAGUAGCAAAGAAACAUACGAUCUAAAAACGCAAAAUCAUCAUGCUUUCUUCGAUUUGCUGACGUACAAAACAUGGGGUUCGUCCGAUCCCCAAGUCAAGUUGGGCAAACCACAUCCGGAUAUAUUUUUAGUGGCAGCAAAUAGGUUUUCUGAUAAGCCUGAACCAGAAAAGUGCCUAGUGUUUGAGGACUCUCUGAACGGCGUCAGAGCAGCGCGCGCGGCCGGCAUGCAAGUGGUGAUGGUGCCCGACCCACGGCUGGAUCGAGCGCUGGCCAGAGAGGCUGGCGCCACGCUUACACUGGACUCCAUGGAGGACUUCAGACCUGAACUAUUUAGUUUGCCACCAUACAAUGACUAGUAACCUAACCUAUACCUGCCGACCUGCACAAACAGACAGACGGGCUACUACUGGUAAAAGAUGAGAUUUUUUCACAGAAGUUACCACUAGUAACAGAUAGAAAAAUCACUACAUAGUAUAAAACAAAGUCGCUUUCCGCUCUGUAUGUAUGUCUGUCCCUAUGUAUGCCUAGAUCUUUAAAACUAGGCAACUGAUUUUGAUGCGGUUUUUUUAAAUAGAUAGUGAUUCAAGAGGAAGGUUUAUAUGUAUAAUUUGUAAAGGUUUUGUGUAAAUUAGUUGAAAUACCCGUGGAAGCCAGGGUGGGUCGCUAGUAUUAUAUCUACACUACAAUUUCUUUGGCAAUAUUGAAAAUUAAAAAAGACCGUGUUAAUAACUACUGGAAAUAAACAUACCAUCCCUUACAAGUACUGACUAAUAAAUAAAUAAAACAGUUUAUUGGUUGGUAACCGGAACCGGUAGGAGUUUUUCAAUUAAAGGCAUGCUCACAAAAACUGUAUUGCAGUUUAUUUCAAUAUAUUUUUAUACAUGUAAUCAUGUGUUUUAAUAAGGAUGUAAAAUAUA